CUCGGCCGGCGGCCGGGGAGGCGGGGAGGUGGCGGCCCGCUCGGCCCGGCCCAGCGCAGCCCAGCCCGCAGCUGCGGCGGCCGAGUGUGCGGGCGGCGGCGGCGGCGUACCGAGCCGGCUCCUGACCGGCCUUGGCCGCUGCCCGGUUUCUCACUGGGCCCGGGUGUCCACGCCUAGUUCGGCCAGCCCUGGCCCGCCGCCGCUUCCCCCGCCAUGGCCCUGGUGCGGGGCGCCGAGCCGGCGGCGGGGCCCUCCCGCUGGCUACCCACGCACGUCCAGGUGACGGUGCUGCGGGCCCGCGGGCUGCGGGGCAAGAGCUCCGGCGCCGGCAGCACCAGCGACGCGUACACGGUGAUCCAGGUGGGCCGUGAGAAGUACAGUACGUCGGUGGUGGAGAAGACGCCGGGAUGCCCCGAGUGGCGCGAGGAGUGCUCCUUCGAGCUGCCGCCCGGCGCCCUGGACGGCCUGCUGCGGGCGCAGGAGGCCGACGCGGGCCCGGCGCCCUGGGCCUCGGGCACCGCCGCUGCCUGCCAGCUGGUGCUCACCACCAUGCACCGCUCGCUCAUCGGCGUCGACAAGUUCCUGGGCCAGGCCACGGUGGCGCUUGACGAGGUCUUCGGCGCAGGCCGCGCCCAGCACACACAGUGGUACAAGCUGCACUCUAAGGCGGGCAAGAAGGAGAAGGAGCGUGGAGAGAUCCAGGUCACCAUCCAGUUCACACGCAACACCCUCAGCGCCAGCAUGUUCGACCUGUCCAUGAAGGACAAGCCGCGGUCCCCCUUCAGUAAGAUCAAGGACAAGAUGAAGGGCAAGAAGAAGUUUGAUCUGGAAUCCGCCUCUGCCAUCCUCCCGAGCAGCGCCCUGGAGGACCCCGAGCUGGGCAGCCUGGGCAAGAUGGGCAAAGCCAAAGGCUUCUUCCUCCGCAACAAGCUGCGGAAGUCCUCCCUGACCCAGUCCAACACCUCACUGGGCUCGGACAGCACCCUGUCCUCGGCCAGCGGGAGCCUGGCCUACCAGGGCCCCGGCGCUGAGCUCCUCACCCGCUCACCCAGCCGCAGCAGCUGGCUGUCCUCGGACGGGGGCAGGGACUCUGCACAGUCCCCCAAGUUGCUCACCCACAAAAGGACCUACAGCGACGAGGCCAGCCAGAUACGAGCCGCUCCUCCCCGGGCCCUUCUUGACCUACAGGGCCACCUCGACGGGGCCUCCCGCUCCUCUCUCUGUGUCAACGGGAGCCACAUUUACAACGAGGAGCCCCAGGCGCCCCUGCGGCACCGCAGCUCCAUCUCGGGCCCGUUUCCACCCUCCAGCUCCCUGCACGCCGUCUCUUCCCGGCCCUCUGAGGAGGGGCCGCGGUCUGCGGAUGACUCCUGGGGCGGGGGCAGCCGCCACGCCAGCAGCUCAGAGGCGGUACCUGCACAGGAGGAGCCGAGCUCGCAGGCCAAGGUGUUGGCCGUUGGGGCCGGCCGCUCUGGAGAGGAGGAGGGGGCCCGGCCCUCAGAGGGGAGGCCGGUGCAGGUCACCACACCCAUGGUGGCCUCCUCUGAGGCUGUGGCAGAGAAGGAGGGAGCCCGGAAGGAGGAACGGAAGCCCCGCAUGGGCCUUUUCCACCAUCACCACCAGGGGCUGAGCCGGAGCGAGAUGGGGCGCCGAGGCUCUCUGGGGGAGAAGGGGGGUCCCACUCUGGGGGCCUCCCCCCACCACGCGUCCAGUGGGGAGGAGAAGGCCAAAAGUAGCUGGUUUGGUUUGAGAGAAGCCAAGGAACCAACUCAGAAACCCAGCCUGGACGUGUCUCCUCAGGUAGAACCUGGCCCAGCUGCUCUUCCUCGCCACCUCCCCCGCUCCCCCUGUGCUCCGGCCCUCCCCGCGCCUGCUCCCACCGCUGCUCCCACGCUAAGCACGAACCUUUUUGCAGCCACCUCCCCCGCUGCUGCUGCUGCCGCCGCCGCCACCGCCCUCCCUGAAGCCACCCCACCUGGAUUCUUGGGUCUCACCAACCCGUUCCUCACCUCCCUGCAGAGCAACCCUUUCUUCGAGGAACUCGUAGCCGACGUGGCACUAAACUCUCCUUCACCUGCUCCCUCUCUCCCCAGUGCCUCGAGGGCCGGCCCUGCCCCCCUGGCCUCCCCUGGGAAAACCCCGCCCGAGUGGGACGACACCUUCAACAUCUUUGCUGCCAGCAGGCUGCGUCCAGAGGCCAGGAGUGAGAUCCUGGCCCUCGCAGGAGUGGGGCUGGAGGCGCCUGGGCUGCAAGACCCAGGCCCCGGGGCCAUGACAGUGAAGGCAGCUGAGCCCCAGGGAGGCCCUGUGGGAGGAGAAAGAGCUGGGAGCAGCGUGUGGCUGGCGAGCAGAGUUCCCCUGGACUUGGGACUGGACCGUCAAAGCACGAGUGUGGCUGGCCCGGGGCCCCGCGGGUCGGAAGAGGCCCGCCUGCCCUCCGGGUCAGCCCAGCUGCACCCAAGAGCCUCAGACUCCGAAACAGACAGGGAGUCGCCAGCCCCAGGAGGAGAAGCAGGGCAGAGUCCGGCAGACAGUGCGACGUCUCUGUUUAGCUCCCCAGAGGUGAUCCGUGUGUGGGAGAGGCCGCCUGGCCCAGACAGCGCCCCUGAGGGCCGGGACGAGGAGGCCUCCCGAGGUGGAUUCCACGAGCUCCGUACAGCUGAUGAUUCCUGGCCGUGGGAUGUGGUCACCGUUUCUCCUGCAGCUGAGACUGCACCAGUCCUGCAGGGAGGGUCUGAUGAGCUGCCUCCUCCCCAGAUGCGGCCAGAGUCACCGGAACCCGUGAGCCCCAAGAGGAGCGAGGGGCUUCCCCCACUGGACCUGGAGUCAGAGUCCAAACUCAAGUGGGUGUCGGACAAGGGGCUGCAGCCCAACACACCACCUCCCAAGCCACCACGCCUCUUCACACCCUCAGAUUCCCAGGAGAAGGAGGAGGCAGCGGUGGAGGAAGAGAAGGAGAAGGUGGCAGGAGGGCUGAGUAGCAGGGGGUCAGAGAUGGGAGGAGACGAUGUCUUCCCGAGUCCGAGUCCGCUGAUUGCUGGUCCCCAGGAGGCUGAGGAGGAGGAGGAGGAGGAGGAGGAGGAGGAGGAGGAGGAGGGCGGCGAGAAACCCGAGCUGGAGUCUGAUAGCUGUUCUGGAGCUGCGCUGGGUGGGCCAGGCCUGAAAGAUCUAGCCGAGGAUGCCAGCCCUCCUGUGUCUGGGCCCUGCCUAUCUCUGCCCACCAGCUGCCCUCAGGGUCCUGCCCCCACACCCUCAAAGAGCUUGGCUCUUCAGAGUCAGCCCAUCUGGGGGGCUCCAGAGAGAGGAGAAGGCCCUGAGGCUCCUGAGGCCCAGAGCCAGGAACCAGUAGAAGAGGGGCGUGGGUUCCUGUCAGGCAGCUCCCAGCAGGCUGACUCGUGGGUCUCGGAGGAGGAUGCCUUGAACCCUUUUUUGUCUCAGGGGAGCCAAGAUCCCCCCAGCCUCCCAUCCACACCCCCUCCAGGGUCCAGGGAAUCUUCCAUCCACUCUGGUGCAGAAGAGGCGCCCACGCCCCCAGAACCUGCCUUUCCACCGCCCCCUCUCCCGCCCUGGGCCAGCCACCGCCAUGGGGGGCCCAGCCCUCCAUGCUCUCCCCUGCCUGGAGCCUGGCCCCUGACCUCUUCCUCCCCGCCCCCUGGGGAGCCAGCCUCCCCCACUGGGAGCUCCCCCACCCCACUUGGGGAGGACCACGCUGCCGUCACCCCAGCCUCCCUGCUUGCGCUUCUGCCCUUGGAGACACGACCAGCUGAGGAGCCACAGUCCAGUGCCAGUCCCCACCCCGUGAAGCCCCUCAGUGCUGCCCCAGUGGAGGGCAGCCCCGACAGGAAGCAGCCGCGCUCCAGUCUGAGCACAGCCCUGAGCAGCGGGCUGGAGAAGCUCAAGACAGUCACAUCUGGCAGCGUUCAGCCUGUGGCUCCGGCCCCCCAGGUUGGCCAGAUUGUGGACACCAAGAGGCUGAAGGACUCCGGUGUGCUGGAUCAGUCAGCCAAGUACUACCACCUGACCCACGAUGAGCUCAUCGGCCUGCUCCUGCAGCGGGAGCGGGAGCUGAGCCAGCGGGAUGAGCACGUGCAGGAGCUGGAGAGCUAUAUCGACCGGCUGCUGACAUCCUUCUAUGGUCGCUUCCGGCACUUCUUGGACAUCAUCGACCCGCGCACACUCUUUGUCACUGAGAGACGUCUCAGAGAGGCUGUGCAGCUGCUGGAAGACUACAAGCAUGGCACCCUGCGUCCAGGGGUUACCAACGAGCAGCUCUGGAGUGCACAGAAAAUCAAGCAGGCUAUUCUACACCCGGACACCAAUGAGAAGAUCUUCAUGCCCUUUAGAAUGUCAGGUUACAUUCCUUUUGGGACGCCAAUUGUGGUUGGUCUUCUCUUGCCCAAUCAGACAUUGGCAUCCACUGUCUUCUGGCAGUGGCUGAACCAGAGCCACAACGCUUGUGUCAACUAUGCAAACCGCAACGCUACCAAGCCUUCACCUGUGUCCAAGUUCAUCCAGGGCUACCUGGGAGCUGUCAUCAGUGCCGUCUCCAUCGCUGUGGGCCUUAAUGUCCUGGUUCAGAAAGCCAGCAAGUUCACCCCAGCCACCCGCCUUCUCGUCCAGAGGUUUGUGCCGUUCCCUGCCGUAGCCAGUGCCAAUAUCUGCAACGUGGUCCUGAUGCGGUACGGGGAGCUGGAGGAGGGGAUUGACGUCCUGGACGCUGAUGGCAACCUCGUGGGCUCCUCCAAGAUCGCAGCCAGACAUGCCCUGCUGGAGACAGCGCUGACACGAGUGGUCCUCCCCAUGCCCAUCCUGGUGCUACCCCCGAUCGUCAUGUCCAUGCUGGAGAAGACAGCUCUCCUGCAGGCGCGCCCCCGGCUGCUUCUCCCCGUGCAAAGCCUCGUGUGCCUGGCAGCCUUCGGCCUGGCCCUGCCGCUGGCCAUCAGCCUCUUCCCCCAGAUGUCAGAGAUCGAAACCACCCAGUUAGAGCCUGAGAUUGCCCGGGCCACGAGCAGCCGGACGGUGGUGUACAACAAGGGGCUGUGAGCGGUGGCCGGCCGGCCGGCCGGCCUGGGGCCAGAGCGCUGUCCAGGCCGGGAGAUGGGGCUAGGGAAGGAGUCUCGUGAGCUGCACCUGCAGGGAGAGGCAAGCGGACCCCCCAGUCCUGAACCACCUGGGGGAGCCCCCCCCCCCACAGCAGUAGGGAGAUUAAUCUAUUCACACGUCAACAUAAAGGAGAGGAAUUCUGACACAUUUACUAUAAAAAAUAAUCAAGUGCAUUUCUGGGCCUAUGUGGGGUUGUCAGACUCUACUUAGCACAAUUAUGUGUGAAGCUGAAAAACUGUAGCGUGCCCAUAGGGUAGGAUUAGGAUGCUUUUAUACUUUGGUUUCUUUUUUAUUUUUAUUUUUUAUCAGAAUCAAGCCUUGGUUGCAGCUGCCCAGAUGCAGCAGGUGGUGGGAGGAGGAGUGGGCCUGGGAGCUGGUGGCUUUUGUGGCCUGGCUGGUAGAUUUAAGGUCACUGUGGCCAGGCCCAAUAGCUCCCUGAGCGGGGCUGGGCUGGACUAGGGAGGACGGGUGGAGGCAGUCUACACUUCACAGGAUGAACCAGCUGUGACUAAGUUCCUCAGGAGGUGGCCCAGGAAAUCAAGGGGCACUGGAGGCCUCUGGAAGAUUCCUUGGGCAGCUGGCUCUGAGUGUGGCCAGCCUUCAUGCCACACCUGCAGAACCAGUCCCUCUGCAUGAAGCCCAGCGACACAGUGAGGCUGGUGUCACCCUUCACGGAGCCUGGGUCCAUUUGAGACCCCAAGAUGACACCAGCUCCAGGCAGGAAGCCCUAAGAAGGAAUGAUGCUUGGCGGGAACUGUGGUCUGCACUCUGGCCUCUGUGGGAAUAUCUUCCUCCCAGGCACGGCUGGAAGCUAGGCUUUGGGACCGAGGGUGGGGCUGGAGCCGGGCUGACUGCUGCCCUUUCCAGCCACUGGGGCCACCUGCCCCAGCCCACCAUUUCCCGACCAGGAGCGACUCGUGCCUGAAAGUGUGAAGCCCAGAUCUCUAGGUAUCUACCUGAGAGCAUCAACCCAGGAAUAGCAGGCCCCGGCUCUGGCACUAAUGGGCUGUGUGACCUUGGACAAGUCCACACCCUUCACUGAGUCUCCAUUCCCUGUCUGGAACCAGAGGACUGGAUUGAGGGAUUCCCACCUGCUCUUCCAGCUAGACUUCGCCUUCGCCCGUCCUGCUCAGAUGCUGGGCAUCUCAGGCACAUCCCCAGUGUGGACACUGGACUGGGAAUGGGGCAGGUGCCUUUGGAAAUGCCAGCGGUUGGCCUCAGAGCCUGGACCUUGCCCUUGUAUAGCAACACACAAGGCCAUAUGCGAACACACGUUCUGGGAGCACUUGACCUUUGCCACACACUUUAAGGUCCUGAAGGAGGAGGCAGUGUGCACGCCUGGGCCGGAGCGGCGCCCCACCUGCUCCUGCGCCGCCUCUCAGCCUGCGUGGGCCUCCAAGGCCCCUUGCUGCUGGCUCCCACUUGCAGGCCAGGAAAGAGGAGAGCUCUGCAGGAGCUUUGUGGAGGAAAGCAGGGCCUGAGGUGGGGGUGAACAGGAUAAACCCCCCACCCCAUCUGAAAGGCCCAAAUGAAGAGGAAGCCUGGGCCCCCGUGCAUCCCUCACCUGACCCCAGCUGGAAGGGAGCCCUUGAUAUGCAGCUAAAGAGCCUCUGCUCCCCUGGCAGCUUCACCUGGGGAGAGACCUGGCGGAGAUGAAGACAUACACUUGAAGGAAAAGGCUAAUGCAGGGCAGCAGGGCCACGGCCACGGGUGGCUCUUGCCAUCUUUAGGGCGGGGUAGUUGUGAGGUGGGCCUUCCAUGGGCAUUGAUACCACUCACUCCUCAGAAGCCCCUGCUGCCCUCAUCUCCCAGCCAGGCUCUGUUUCCCCCAGCUAGCUCUGCAGGAUGCUGCCCUGAGGGCUCCCCACUCUCCUAAGGAGCAGCCCACCCCCGCCCGUCACGCAAGGGAGAAGGCGGAGACGAGCAUGAAGGACACAAGCGCAGAGCGGGUACCACAGUGUUGAGGGGCAGGUCGUUUUUAGCUAAUCCCGCCGUCAUGUGGAUGUGCCAAUGGCUGGGGGCUGGGAAUGUCUAGGUCCUCUUUUGAAAAGCUCACUUCAAGCUCACCUUGCCCCACCUCGCACAGGGUCUUGUUCUUUUGCACUUUCCCUUGGGACCAAAACCGCCCAUCCGAGCCCCACGCUCACCCCCUCCAGGGGCCUGGCAGAGAUGGGGUCUUUCCAACUCUGCCUCUGUGCGGGCCGCCCCAGCCCAGCCCCACCCCUGCCCAGCCCUGGGAGCCCUGUGGCCUCGGUAUCUCACAACCUACUUACGUUAUCUCCUGGAUGAUUUCCGGUCACGCUCCCAAUGCAGUUUCAUGUGGGCUAAGGGUGUUUCUCCUGGGGGUUGGAGGGGUGGGUGGCAAAGGAUGGUUGUAGCUCAGGGUGAUGGUGACAGAGGUUCAGGCGGCCAUGCUGCUAAGUCCUGGUCUGGCUGCAAAAAAUACCACGAGGGGAAAAUUUUGGCCAACAUCCAUCUUCUAAUCUGCUGAGGCCGGAGGAGGGGAGGCCUCGUGGGCAGAUUGGUUCAUAACUGGGGAUGGGGGGAGGCUGAGCCGGGACCCACUGAGGGCAGGGCCUGGCCCAGCUGUGCCAGAUCACAGGGCAUACCUGCAUCUGGCUCUCUAGCCCUGGCGGACCUUCCCACCCUCCUCUGAUCACUUCAAACAUUCCCUCAGGCUUGGGGAUGCCCUUCUCCCAUUCCAGAGAGCAGUCGGAGAGCACAGGGACUAAAACCCCAAGAUGUCAAGGUAACCAACAGACCCCUCUCCAGUUCCUGACUGAGCCAGCUGGUCUCCUGUCCUGGGCCUCUGGCCUGGGAGCAGGGUGACGUCCUGAGAGGAGAAGGGCAGUAGACGGAAGCGCGGUGGUUUUCCAGCCCUGGGCCGGUGUGAGUGAGGCACCAGCGCACGUGCCUCGGCCACUCCCAGGGGACUUUGCAGUGUCUUUUUAACCGUCUCAGAAAAUUUCUCAAUCUCUGUGAUUUACGUAAUACUAAUGAGCUGUGGGCAAUAAAUGAUGGAUUGAAAGCAUCAGGGCUUGGCUUUGUGAAUUGUGGGUGGGAGAGGUAGGGGUGGGGAAACACAGUGGGAACAAGCCGAGCUGGCUGAAGAUUUUGCGGGAAGGCCCCUGAGGAAGGUGCAGACCCAGCCUCCAGGAGGGGUCAGGCCAGCUAGGCGGCCCAAAGGGAAAGGGAGACCAAAGGAUGGAGGAGCACGUGAGGGCAGAACAAAGGGGGUGAGUCGCAAGUCUGCAGAAGGACCCUUUACAGAGUGGUUGCUGUGUGGAGUGCUCACUAAGGGCCCCACUACAAGGAAUUGAGUAGAAGAGGGAUUUUAGUAGAUUCUCGGC